CCGGGGAACAGGGGGAGUCCAAGAAGGGAAGGCUGGAAGCGGGAGCGAAGGCAGGAUGAAGUGGGGAGCCGUGAGGAGGGUGAAGCCAGCUGACUGGAGGCAGAAAUGAGGUGUGGAGAAACACAAGGAGAGGUAACGAUAGGCACAGGAUACUGACAGUUGUUCUGCAGCUUGAUGGCUUCAAACGUUACCAUGAAAUCAGGAGGCCUGAUCAACACUCCAUUGGGUUCCCACCAACAGAGCUCAACACAACAACCUUCAGGUACCACACAGGGGGAGAACCAGGAGGUUCCCAUGGAAACAGACCAGCUGGAGGAGGCCCUGAUGAUGAAGAGCCCGGUGGUGAAGGAGGCUCUGCAGAUGGGUGUUCCUCCUCACCUCAUCAAGCCAAAACUUCACGCUAAGAUCCUGUCUGACAAAGACGGCUACGCUGACGUCAAUGAGCUUCUCAAGGAUCUGAACAUGUAGUAGAGGAAAAACUACAAAUGUGUCUAAGUUUUCCUACUCGAGCACUGCCGGAGUUUCCAGCAUAUUAUCUGGAGAAGUAAUGUGAAAUAAAGACGUUUAAAGACGA